UUAAAAGGAGCAACCAAACAUCUGGCAAAUAUAGUAAAAGGGGUAUUCUGGUAGGAUGUAUGCCUACCAUUAGUUCUGAAUACUGGUGAAGUUUUGAGGGCAAAAUGGCUGUGAUGAUUGGAAUCGCUUUCAGAGUUUCUUGGCUUUGUUGCCUACUAAUUGGAGGGAUAAUGUCUUCUACAUCAGAAGUUUAUAUUUUGUACCUAGGUGAUUGGUCUCCUGCACUGGAUUCUAAUGCAGCAUGGCUCUAUGCAGGAUCACUUCGGUCUCUAGGAUAUGGCAAUUAUAAGUCUCCAAAAUCUCAAAUGCAAGCGCAACAGAAACAUCCGGCCGCCAUCGGGUGGAAGGAACUGGCCCCCAUGUCCCAGCAACCUCAGCAAGUGUGGAAUCCAGUUCAAAUGCCCCUGCAUCAGAAGCAACCAGCCGCAGAAGCUCAGCCGCAGAGGCAACCGACAACUGUGCCCCAGCAAGUGUGGCAUCAAGCUCACAUGCUGACGCAUAAGCAACCGACCGCCAUGCCCCAGCAAGUGUGGCAUCCAGUUCAAAUGCCCGUGCAGCAGAAGCAACCGACCGCUGUGCCCCAGCAAGUGUGGCAUCAAGCUCAAAUGACCCUGCAGCAGAAGCAACCGACUGCUGUGCCCCAGCAAGUGUGGUAUCCUCCUCAAAUGCCCCUGCAGCAGAAGCAACCGACCGCCGUGCCCCAGCAAGUGUGGCAUCCAGUUCAAAUGCCCCUGCAGCAGAAGCAACCGACCGCCGUGCCCCAGCAAGUGUGGCUUCAAGCUCAAAUGCACCUGCAGCAGAAGCAACCGACCGCCGUGCCCCAGCAAGUGUGGCAUCCAGCUCAAAUGCCCCAGAAGCAACCGACCGCCGUGCCCCAGCAAGUGUGGCAUCCAGCUCAAAUGCUGCAAAAGCAACCGACCACUGUGCCCAAGCAAGUGUGGCAUCCAAAUCAAAUGCUGCAAAAGCAACCGACCGCUGUGCCCCAGCAAGUGUGGCAUCCUGCUCUAAUGCCCCUGCAGCAGAAGCAACCGACCGCUGUGCCCCAGCAAGUGUGGCAUCCUUCUCAAAUGCCCCUGCAAACAACCGCUGUGCCCCAGGAAGUGUGGCAUCCAAAUCAAAUGCUGCAAAAGCAACCGACCGCUGUGCCCCAGCAAGUGUGGUAUCCUCCUCAAAUGCCCCUGCAGCAGAAGCAACCGACCGCCGUGCCCCAGCAAGUGUGGCAUCCUUCUCAAAUGCCCCUGCAACCGACCGCUGUGCCCCAGCAAGUGUGGCAUCCAAAUCAAAUGCUGCAAAAGCAACCGACCGCUGUGCCCCAGCAAGUGUGGCAUCCUGCUCUAAUGCCCCUGCCCCAGAAGCAACCGACCGCCGUGACCCAGCAAGUGUGGCAUCCUGCUCAAAUGCCCCUGCAGCAGAAGCAACCGACCGCCGUGACCCAGCAAGUGUGGCAUCCUGCUCUAAUGCCCCUGCAGCAGAAGCAACCGACCGCCGUGCCCCAGCAAGUGUGGCAUCCUUCUCAAAUGCCCCUGCAAACAACCGCUGUGCCCCAGCAAGUGUGGCAUCCAAAUCAAAUGCUGCAAAAGCAACCGACCGCUGUGCCCCAGCAAGUGUGGCAUCCUGCUCAAAUGCCCCUGCAGCAGAAGCAACCGACUGCCAUGCCUCAGAAAGUGUGGUAUCCUGCUCAAAUGCCCCUGCAGCAGAAGCAACCGACCGCCGUGCCCCAGCUGGGGUGGCAUCCUGCUCAGUUUCCCCAGCAGAAGCAACUGGCCGCCAUGCCUCUACUGCAGAAGGAACCAACCACCAUAGCCCAGCAACCUCAGCAGGUGUGGCAUCCAGUUCAAAUGUCCAAGAAUCGAACAGCCACUGAACCUCAGCAGCAGAAGCAACCAUCCACCACGCCCCAGCAAGCUCGGCAUCCAGCUCAAUUUCCCCAGCAGAAGCAACUGGCCCCCAUAGCCCAGCAACCGCAGCAUGUAUGGCAUCCAGCUCAAAUGUCCAAGAAUCGAACAGCCACUGAACCUCAGCAGCAGAAGCAACCACCCACCAUGUCCGAGCAAUCGUGGCAUCCAGCUCAAAUGCCCCUGCAGCAGAAGCAACCGGCCACUGAACCUCAACAGAAGGAACAGACCGCCAUGCCCCAGCAAAUGUGGUAUCGAGCUAAAAUGCUCCAACAGGAGAAUCAUCUGGCCGCCAUUCUCCAGCAGCCUCCGCUCGUGUGGCAUCCAUCUCAAUUUCCCCAGCAGCAGAAGGAACUGGCAGUCGAGCAGCAGAAGGAACUGGCAGUCGAGCAGCAGAAGGAACUGGCAGUCGAGCAGCAGAAGGAACUGGCAGUCGAGCAGCAGAAGGAACUGGCAGUCGAGCAGCAGAAGGAACUGGCAGUCGAGCAGCAGAAGGAACUGGCAGUCGAGCAGCAGAAGGAACUGGCAGUCGAGCAGCAGAAGGAACUGGCAGUCGAGCAGCAGAAGGAACUGGCAGUCGAGCAGCAGAAGGAACUGGCAGUCGAGCAGCAGAAGGAACUGGCAGUCGAGCAGCAGAAGGAACUGGCAGUCGAGCAGCAGAAGGACCUGGCAGUCGAACCUCAGCAAGUGAGGUAUCCAGCUCAAAUGGCCCAGCAGCAGAAGCAACCGACCGCUGUGCCCCAGCAAGUGUGGCAUCCAAAUCAAAUGCUGCAAAAGCAACCGACUGCCAUGCCCCAGCAAGUGUGGAAUCCAUUUCACACACUGCAGAAGCAACCGACCGCCGUGCCCCAGCAAGUGUGGCAUCCUGCUCAAAUGCCCCUGCAGCAGAAGCAACCGACCGCCGUGCCCCAGCUGGGGUGGCAUCCUGCUCAGUUUCCCCAGCAGAAGCAACUGGCCGCUAUGCCUCUACUGCAGAAGGAACCAACCACCAUAGCCCAGCAACCUCAGCAGGUGUGGCAUCCAGCUCAAAUGCCCCUGCAGCAGAAGCAACCACCCACCACGUCCGAGCAAGUGUGGCAUCCAGCUCAAAUGCCCCUGCAGCAGAAGCAACCGGCCACUGAACCUCAACAGAAGGAACUGACCGCCAUGCCCCAGCAAAUGUGGUAUCGAGCUAAAAUGCUCCAACAGGAGAAUCAUCUGGCCGCCAUUCUCCAGCAGCCUCCGCUCGUGUGGCAUCCAUCUCAAUUUCCCCAGCAGAAGGAACUCGCCGUCGAGCAGCAGAAGGAACUCGCCGUCGAACCUCAGCAAGUGAGGUAUCCAGCUCAAUUGGCCCAGCAGCAACCCAACCCCAUUCCUCAGCAAUUUUGGCAUGUAGCCCAAAUUUCCCAGCAGCAACUGGCCCCAAAUUCUCAGCAGAAGCACUACGAAAGCACUGAAGAUGGUGCCUCUGGUAGUUCUCAAGCCAGCAUUGUUGAACAGUCGGGUGUCAUCCCAAUCUCUUCCUACAGUUCCAAAUCGCACUACAAGAAUGGCAGAACUGGAGUCUCCCAAAUCGGCUACACUCCUAGAGAGGCCAUGCCUGUUGACAGUGGAAAUGCUCCCAAGGACGGUUAUGUUAGCAUUGGUGCACCAAGCAUAUAUCCAACACUAGUGAAGGAUUCUGCAAGGAAAAUAUAAUGGAUUCAUCCUCUAGAAGCUCUAAUGACCAGGAAGUUGCUGGUGCUCUUGCUACUCUAGUGGGAUGGAAUCAAUAAACAAUUUUACUU